AUGUCGAUGCGAGUGACGCGGUCGCAGGCCGGAAAGACGCCUCAAAAGCCCGAUCGCCCUGGCUUCGUCGAGACCCCUGGACGCAGGAAGUCGCAACGCAAGUCUCUUGCAUCCGAUGGAUACGAGUCGACGCCUGAGCCAGAGAACUUCUUGAAGCCGUUCAAGUCUAACGAGAGUGAUGUGAAGAAGGAGGCCGAGGAGAAGAGCAACGGACACGCCAACGGAAAUGGACAUGCAAACGGAAACGGACACACCAACGGCUACGCGAAUGGACACAGCAAUGGCAAGGCAAACGGACACGCAAAGAGCGAAAGGAAGAUCGUCGAGCUCGACUACAAGAUGGAGGCGGAAAAGUUCUUCUCUCCAAAGGACAGAUCUGGCCUGCAUGAGUUCGGCGGCGCCAUUGGUAUGGGCAGCAUGAUGGUCUGCUUCCCAGCCCUCAUGUACUACAUGUGGAUUGGAGCCACCUUCUACGACGGCAAAUUCCCUACGCCAACCGAGGGCCAGAGCUACGGAGACUUUUUCGGACACAUGUGGUAUCUUGUAAAGACGGAAGCCUUUCCGAACAACAAAGCGUGGCAGAUUUACUGGUUCUUCGGACUCACGCAGAUGGCCUUCUACAUGUUCAUGCCGGGUGUCUACCGCAAGGGCAAGGCACUUCCCCACCUUGGUGGAAAGCAGUUGGACUACUACUGCUCGGCUAUGUGGUCUUUCUACUCCAGCAUUGUCAUCAUGUUGACUCUUCAUUUCACUGGCGUCUUUAAGCUUUACACUCUGAUUGACGAGUUUGGUCACAUCAUGAGCGUAGCCAUUCUUUCAGGCUUCCUUUGCUCUACUAUCGCAUACGUCUCAGCCCGCGUCCGCGGUGCUACUGUCCGAAUGACCGACAACCUUAUCGUCGACUUCUUCCUCGGCUCAGAGCUCAACCCUAGACUUUUCGGUAUUCUGGAUUUCAAGAUGUUCCUCGAGGUCCGCAUUCCAUGGUUCAUCCUCUUCUUCCUUUCCCUCGGUACCUGCUUGAAGCAGUACGAGCAAUAUGGCUACGUGUCUCUCGAAGCCAUCUUUCUGCUCUUCGCGCACUACCUGUACGCCGGCGCCUGCGCAAAGGGCGAGCACCUCAUCAUCACGACCUGGGACAUGUAUUACGAGAAGCUCGGUUUCAUGCUCAUCUUCUGGAAUAUGGCUGGUGUACCUCUCUCGUACUGCCACUGCACCCUAUACAUCGCUAACCACCAUCCUUCGGAAUACGGCAUGCCAACCUGGUUUACCGCCCUCCUUACCUUCACCUACCUCUACGUCUACUACAUCUGGGAUACGACCAACUCGCAAAAGAACCAGUUCCGUCAAGAAGAACGUGGUGUUGUCGAUGAGCGUACUACCUUCCCCUACUUCAAAUAUGGACGCAUCGCCAAUCCAAAGACAAUCCAGACAUCCCAUGGAAACAAGAUUCUGGCUGACGGUUGGUACGGCAAAGCGCGCAAGAUUCAUUACACAUGUGAUCUCUUCUUCGCCGUCAGUUGGGGUCUCAUCACUGGGUUCAAGAGCCCGUUCCCUUGGUUCUACUCCGUGUUCUUCGCGGGUAUGAUUAUUCACAGGGCGCUGAGAGAUAUUGAAAAGUGCAGGGAGAAGUAUGGUGAAGCAUGGAAAGAGUACGAGAGGCAGGUGCCUUAUUUGUUCAUUCCGUACGUCUUCUAA